CUGAAUCGCGGGCUCCUCGGCCACACGCCUCCCAAAGGACAAGUGCCUCUUCGCCACCGCCACUUGCUUUGGACCUCCGGCCACACCUCGCCUCCAAAUGGACCCCAACUGCUCCUGCUCCACUGGUGGCUCCUGCAGCUGCGCAGGCUCCUGCACGUGCAAAGCCUGCAGAUGCACCUCCUGCAAGAAGAGCUGCUGCUCCUGCUGCCCUGUGGGCUGUGCCAAGUGUGCCAAGGGCUGCGUCUGCAAAGGGGCAUCAGAUAAGUGUAGCUGCUGUGCCUGAUGUCGGGGAGCACCUGCCCCAAGAUGAAAAUGGAGGAAUGUGGGCCAACCUGCAUUUUUACACGACCCUGACUCAAUUGCUACAUUCCCUUCCUAUGAAAUAUGUGAAUGAUAAUAAAAGUUGCUGACACUA